GAAGCAAGGCGGCGCUUCCGUCCGCCCGCCGCCCGCUGGCUGGCUCGCCGCCUCUCUUAAAGCCGGAGGGAGGGGGCCGAGGGACUGGCAUACAGACAGACGCUGCUUGUGUGUCCGUGGUGGCCGGCCGCAGAGGGAAGUACAACACGGGGGGAGGAAUAAACACACGGCAGCCCUGCACCUUGCUGCCGCCCUCUGCGUUGCAACCUGCUGGGUGGAUUCGCUGCAGAGAGAUAGAAAGAGAGUGAGAGAGAGAGACGCAGAGCGCUGCAGAAACACUGGAGAACAAGAUUUGCUGGCUCGGCGAGAGAAGGGGAUAGUCCACACAGGCUGGCCCGAAUGGCCGCCGGGGCGAGUUUACGUGCAGUGCUGGCGAGUUUGCUGCUGGCCCUGACUGCCAUCGGUGUGACAAGGGGCCAAGAGGAUUUGGACAGCCUGGCGCUUUACUAUGGGUUCGGGACGGGAGCCACCGAGGAGUCCAUCGUCCUGGCCAACAACGGGAUCCGGGUUCCCUUCGGCAGGUCGGCGGACCUCGACCCGGUGCAAGACCUGGUCAUCCAGGUUGAGCCGGGAGACCGGUGCACCAUCACCGUGUUGGACAACGACCCCUUGUCCCAGAGGCCGGGGCAACUGACGCCCAAGAAGUUCCCGUGCGAGUUCGGCAGGGAGGAGGUGAGAUACUCUCACUUCGGGUCGAGGAGUCCCUCCAGCGACCGGGUGAAGCUGCAACUGAGGUACGACACUCAAACCGACACGCUGGUGCUCCCCUUCACUCUACAGGUAGACGUGGCCUUCACCCAACUGGAGAUCGUCACCAGGAACAUGCCCUUGGCCGUGGAGAGGCUGCUGGGCACCAGCAAGGCGCUGGACUCCAAGCAGUUGGAGUUGACCUACCAGCUCAACUCCCAGCGCUGUCGGCUGACUCCACUGCCGGGCUCCGGGGGUUUGCCGCGCUACGGGCGGCUCCUGUGGUCCCACCACGACUCCCAGAACCUGCCCUGCGACCAGCUGGACGCCGCCGAGAUCCGAUACCAACACAUGGCCCGCGGCCGGUCGCCCAACCGCGACUACAUCCCCAUGGUGACCGAGAUCUUGGACGUGGACGGCAAUGUGUUGAAGCAGGAGUAUUUCCAGAUUGUGGUGCGCAUCCGCGAGGGGAUGGAGAACACGGCGCCCCGGCCCAGUUUCCUCAGCAUGAUGAUGAUGCAGGUGGACCAGUUCGUCCUGACCGCCAUCACCCCGGACAUGUUGUCCGCCGAGGACACCGAGUCGGACCCGGGAGACCUCAUCUUCAACAUCACCUCGCCCGUGGGCCACCAGGACAUGUGCAUCGUUAGCACCGACGACCAGAACCUGCCCAUCUCUUCCUUCCGCCAGCGGGACGUGGAGGAGUUGAAGAUCGCCUACCGGCCCCCGGCCGACGACUCUGACCAAGAGAGGAUCUUCCAGCUGGAGAUGCAGGUGGUGGACACGGAGGGAGCGGUGUCCGAGCCGUUCGCCUUCAUGGUGGUGGUGAAGCCCAUGAACACGCUGGCGCCGGUGGUGAGCAGAAACGCGGGGCUGGUGCUGUACGAAGGCCAGUCGCGGCCUCUCAGCGGCCUGUGGCUCAGCGACGAGGACAACCUGGACGAGGUGCAGGUGACGGUGGUGGACGGGUUGAGGCACGGUGGCCUGGCGGUGCUGGGUGCGCCCAGGACCUUCUUCACCCCGGCCGAGCUGCGGGCCGGCGCCGUCAUCUACCAACACGACGGCAGCGAGACUUUCAGCGACAACGUGGUCCUGGCCAUGAGCGACGGCCUCCACCGAGUCGAGUUCCUCUGCCCCGUCACCGUAGUCCCCACAGACGACGAGGCGCCCGUCCUCAACGCCAACACCGGCCUGGUCCUUCCCGAACGCCGCACCGCACCCGUGUCCCCUCUGGCCCUCAGCGCCACCGACGUGGACUCCGAGGACUCCACCCUCCUGUUCGUGGUGGAACCUCCAAUCUCCCAACUGGGCCACAUGGUCCUGAGGCAGAGCGAGAGGCCGCUCGACCCGUCCACAUGGACCUCGAUCCAGGGGCACGAGGCCUACGAGAAGGUGGUCCAAGAGUGGUACCAGCAGGACAUCCUGGACGGCAGGCUCUUCUACCGCCACGUCGGGCACCACAGCACCUCCACCGUCAUGGACCAGGUGGUCUUCCGAGUCCAGGACGACAACGACCCCCCCAACCAGUCGGGCCAGCAAUCCUUCAUCGUGAAGAUCCAACCAGUAGAUGAUAUCCCACCGCAGAUGCACCCAGCGGCCACCCUACAGAUGGUGGUGGAGGAAUACCGCCUGACCUACUUCAGUAGGAAGUUCCUGCGCUUCACGGACGUGGACUCGGAGGACCGGGAGCUGAGGUACACGGUGACCAGCCCUCCCACCGACACGGAUGAGAACAAUCCGGUGGCCAUGGGCAACAUCGUGCUGACCGAGAGCCCCGGCACCCUGGUGAAUGAGUUCACCCAAGCCCAGGUCAACCACCACAAGGUGGCCUACCAACCUCCGGACGUGGAACUGGGCAUCACACCUCAUGUGGUCCAGUUCGACUUCAGCGUGGAGGACACGGCUGGAAACAUCGCCCGGGGCACCUGCACCAUCUUCCUACAGCCCGUGGACAACAAGCCGCCCCAGAUCACCAACACCGGCUUCACCGUGUUGGAGAGGGACACCUACCUGAUCACCAGCGCCGAGCUGGACGCCACCGACGCCGACACCGACGGACCUCAGAUCACCUUCACCCUGGCUCAGCCCCCGGGACACGGGCAACUGCAGUACGCUGGCGUGGCCGUCAACGAAGGGGAGGCCUUCAACUUGAACGACAUCGCGACCGGGAAGAUCGCCUACGUCCACGAUGGCCACGAGUCGACCGGGGAUUCCUUGAAGGUGGAUGUGAGCGAUGGAGUCCACACGGUGACCAUCAAGGUGCGAGUGACGGUCCGCCCGGUGGACGACGAGGUGCCCACCAUCAUGUUGGCCUCGGGGACCAUUGGCUUCCACCUCGACGUGUUGGAGAACGGGGUGACCGAGAUCACCACCAACGUCAUCCAGGGCACAGACCGGGACACCGACGACCUCCGGUUGACUUUCAUCGUGGACGAGUCGCCGAGACUCGGGGAGGUCCUGGUGAACGGAGUCCCCGCGGAGAGAUUCACGCAACGGGACAUCAUCAACGGGCUGGUCCUGUACUCCCACACCGGCGGCGAGGUGGGACUGCAGAGGAAGGAAGACUCCUUCAACCUGACCCUCACCGACAUGUCGGACGAGUGGGACAUUGGGGGGAAUAAUGUCCGGGGCGUCCGUGUGCAGGUGACCAUCCUACCCGUGGACAGCCAAGCGCCCAAUGUGGUGGUCGGUCAACUCUUCACGGUGGUCGAAGGCGAGAAGAACUCAGUGACGACGGGAAAUCUCCGGGCUGAAGAUGUGGAUAGUCCCGGCGACGAUAUCCUCUGCACCAUCAUCGUCCAACCUAACUCGGGCUACGUGGAGAACAUCUCGCCGGCUCCUGGUUCGGAGACGUCGCGGACGGGGACGGCGGUCACUGCCUUCUCGCUGAAGGAGAUCCGCCUCGGCCACAUUAACUAUGUGCAAAGCAUCCACAGGACCGUGGAGCCGGUGGAGGAUCGCUUCACGUUCCGCUGCUCGGACGGCAUCAACUUCUCGCACAAGCACUUCUUCCCCAUCCUGAUCAUCCCGGCCAACGACGAGAAGCCGGCGAUCUUCAUGCGGGAGUUCGUGGUGAUGGAAGGGAUGAGUUUGGUGAUAGACACCCCCAUCCUCAACGCCGGCGACGCGGAUGUCCCGGCCGACGAGUUGACCUUCACCGUGGUGAGGCCGCCGAAGCACGGCAGGAUCGUCAACCAGAUGACCACGGGCACCGUGUACGUGGACAGUUUUACCCUGGGCCAGAUCACGGGGGGAUCCAGCAUCGUGUACGAGCACGACGACUCGGAGACCACGGAGGACAGCUUCGACGUGCGGCUGAGCGACGGCACCCACAGCGUGGACAAGUCCGUGGUCAUCAUGGUCAUCCCUCUGGACGACGAGACCCCGAGGAUGACCAUCAACGACGGCCUGGAGAUUGAGAUCGGUGACAGCAAAACCAUCAACAAUAACAUCCUGAGAGCCACCGACCUGGACUCGGACGACAAGUCUCUGGUGUACAUCAUCCGGUAUGGACCAAGGCAAGGGCUCCUGCAGCACCUGCUGCCUUCUGGAGGACAUGCCAACAUCACGGGAGGUAUGAACUUCACCCAGGACGACGUGGACCACGGUGCGAUCCAGUACACUCACACGGGCCAGGAGGGCAUGCGGGACCUGAUCAAGUUUGAUGUGACCGACGGGAUCAACCCACUCAUUGACCGCUACUUCUAUGUCACCGUUGGGGGCAUGGACAUCAUCUUCCCGGACGUGGUGAGCAAAGGGGUGUCUCUGAAGGAAGGGGGGCGGGUAACUCUCACCACCGAUCUUCUCAGCACCACGGAUCUCAACAGCCCGGACGAGCACUUGGUCUUCAGCAUCACCCGAGCUCCUGUCCGGGGCCACCUGGAGUGUAGCGACCUCCCUGGAGUUCCCGUCUCCACCUUCAGCCAACUGCAGCUGGCCGGGAACAAGGUCUACUACAUCCACACCGCGGACGACGAGGUGAAGAUGGACAGCUUUGAAUUCGAGGUGACGGACGGCCACAACCCCGUGUUCCGUACCUUCCGCAUCUCCAUCAGCGAUGUGGACAACAAGAAGCCCGUGCUGGUCGUGCACCAACUGGUGGUGAACGAGGGGGAGGUGAAGCUCAUCACCCCGUUCGAGCUGACGGUGGAGGACAGGGACACCCCGGACGGCUCGCUGCUCUUCACCGUCACCCAGCUCCCGGUCCACGGCCACUUGCUCUUCAACCUCACGGCGUCCGUCACCUCCUUCACCAAGCAGGACCUCAACGAGAACCUCAUCAGCUACAAGCACGACGGCGCCGAGUUCCCCGAGGACAGCUUCUCCUUCACCGUCUCCGACGGCACCCACACCGGCUUCUACGUCUUCCCCGACACGGUGUUCGAUACCCGGCGGCCGCAGACCAUGUGGAUCCGCACGGUGGCCGUGGACAACGGGGUCCCCCAGGUCGUGGUCAACAGAGGAGCCCCCACUCUCCGCGGACUGUCCACCGGGCACCUGGGCUUCACCAUCACCAGCAAGGCUCUGCGGGCCCAGGACCGAGACAGUGUGGAUACCCUACUCAAGUACAAGGUGAUGGAAGGCCCUCAACACGGAUACCUGAUCCACAUGGCCAAAGGCAAUGGCAGCAUCUCCAGAUUCACUCAAGGGGAUGUCAAUGACAUGAAGAUCUGCUACAUACUGAAGGAAGGAGUCAACGCAACAAGUGACAUCUUUCAUUUCUCCGUCGAGGACAGUGGAGGAAAUAAGCUGCAGAACCAGCUCUUCCGCCUGAACUGGGCGUGGAUUUCUCUGGAGAAGGAAUAUUAUCUGAUAGACGAGAAUUCCAAGUUUCUGGUGGUGAUACUAAAACGCAGAGGCUAUCUUGGAGAAACCUCAUUUGUUGGGAUUGGGACCAAGGAUGUCACAGCUAAGAAGGAUAAGGAUUUCAGGGGGAAAUCACAGAAACAGGUGCAGUUCAACCCUGGGCAGUCGACAGCAACUUGGAGAGUACAGAUUUUGACCGAUCACGAAUACGAACAGUCUGAAACAUUCCGGAUUGUUCUAUCAGAGCCAGUCAUGGCUGUUCUCGAAUUCCCAGAGAUCGCAACUGUGGAAAUUCUUGACCCGGGUGAUGAGUCGACUGUCUUCAUUGUCCAGUCCUCCUAUGCCAUUGAUGAACACGUUGGUGAGCUGUUGAUCCCGGUGAUGAGAACAGGAGAUGUGAGCCAGGAGCUGAUGGUCAUGUGCUUCACUCAACAAGGCACUGCGAGGGGUACGAUUCCAUCCAGCGUGCUAUCCUACUCCGAUUAUAUCACCCGGCCUGAAGACCAUAAGAGUGUUCUCCGCUUCGACAAGGAUGAGACGGAGAAGUUUUGUCAGGUGGUCAUCAUCGACGACUCCCUGUAUGAGAGCGAGGAGACAUUCAACGUCACCCUGAGCAUGCCCAUGGGCGGCAGGCUGGGAGACCACCCCAGUGCCCAGGUCUUCAUAGUGCCCGACCCAAAUGACGAGCCAGUCUUUUACUUUGGCGACACGGAGUAUUGGGUGGAUGAGAGCGAUGGCUAUGUGGAAGUCCAAGUGUGGAGAACAGGGACAGACUUAUCCAAGACUGCGACCGUCACCGUCCGAUCCCGCAAAACACAGCCAGCCUCUGCCGAAGCUGGUGUGGAUUACGUGGGGAUCAGCAGCAACCUGGGCUUUACCCCGGGAGUCAACGUGCAGGCGCUGAGGGUGACCAUCCUCGAUGACCUGGGGCGGCCUGUGCUGGAGGGCACAGAGAGGUUUGAGCUGGUGCUGAGGAUGCCCAUGAACGGAGCCCUGGGGGAGCCCAGCAAGGUCACCGUGCUCAUAAACGACUCCGUCUCUGACCUGCCGAAGGUGCAGUUCAAAGAAUCGACGUACGUGGUGAAGGAGAAUGAUGGUCAAGUCACGGCGGUGGUUUACCGGAGCGGGGAUAUCAACUACAAGUCCAGCGUGCGGUGUUACACCCGUCAAGCCUCUGCCCAGGUCAUGAUGGACUUCGCUGAGCGGCCUAAUACAGAUGAGUCUGUCAUCACCUUUCUCCCAGGUGAGAUUGAGAAGCCGUGCACCGUGACUCUGAGCGACGACUCCAUACAUGAAGAAGUUGAGGAGUUGAGGCUGGUUCUUGGCUCGCCGAAGAGUGAGUCUUCAUUUGGUGCCUCGAUAGGUGACGUCAACGAAACUCUGAUAAAGAUCACGGACAAAGCUGACAAGGCCGUCAUCAAAUUUGGAGAGACCAAGUUUAGUGUCAGCGAACCGAACGAGCCCGGGCAGAUCGCAGUUGUAAAAAUCCCCGUACUGCGCCAAGGAGACGUGUCCAAAGUGUCCAUUGUACGAGUGCACACAAAAGAUGGGUCGGCCGUCUCUGGAGAAGACUAUCACCCCUUGUCUGAAGACAUCCAGUUUAAGGAAGGUGAGCGUCAGCACUUUGUGGAGGUCGAGGUCCUUUACGAUGGGCUGAGAGAGAUGCGGGAAGCAUUCACCGUUCACCUGAAACCUGAUGAAAACAUGGUGGCAGAAACACAGACAAACAAAGUGACCGUGUACAUCGAGGAGAUGAACAGCAUGGCCGACGUGAUGUUUCCCUCGGUGCCACAAGUGGUCUCCCUGCUCAUCUAUGACGAUACCUCCCGGGCCAAGGAAAGCCCCAGCCCUCCGGCUGGCUACCCCGUCAUCUGUGUCACCGCGUGCAAUCCUAAAUAUGCUGAUUACGACAAAACUGGGUCGAUCUGCGGCAGUGAGAACAUCAACGACACCCUGUCCCGUUACCGCUGGCUGGUGAGCGCUCCGACUGGGCCCGACGGGGUGACCAGCCCCCUGAGAGAGGUGGACUCCAACACCUUCUUCACCUCCUCCAAGAUGAUCACCCUCGACUCCAUCUACUUCCAAGCUGGCUCCCGAGUGCAGUGCGCAGCUCGCGCUGUCAAUGCCAAUGGGGACGAGGGCCUUGAACUGUCCAGCCCCAUCAUCUCCAUCAGCAUCGCAGAAGGUUUGUGCCAGCCCAGAGUACAAGGAACAGUGGGAGCGGAACCGUUCUCUGCCAAGCUGCGUUACACUGGCACUGAUGACCCAGCCCAUACCAACCUGAUCAAGUUGACUGUAACCCUGCCUCACAUUGAUGGAAUGCUCCCCGUUAUCUCCACGCGCCAGCUCUCCAACUUUGAGUUGACUCUCAGCCCCGACGGAACCCGCGUCGGCAACCACAGGUGCUCCAACCUCCUGGACCACGACGAGGUGAAGACCCACCACGGCUUCCUGUCCCACUCCACCAGGAGGCCGCAGGCGAUCGGAGACACGUCUCCGUACCAGUACAACUCCGCUCUGCGAGGCUCCUCCACCCUCAGGUUCUACCGCAACCUCAACCUAGACGCCUGCCUCUGGCAGUUUGAGAGUUUCUACGACAUGUCCGAGCUCCUCACCGACUGCGGGGGAACCAUCGGCACCGAUGGGCAGGUUCUCAACCUGGUGCAGUCGUACGUGACGCUGCGGGUGCCGCUGUACGUGUCCUACGUGUUCCACUCUCCGGUAGGGGUGGGCGGCUGGCAACACUUUGACCUGCAGUCCGAGCUGCGCCUCACCUUUGUCUACGACACGGCCAUCUUGUGGCGAGAUGGCGUUGGCAGCCCCCCCGAGGCCGAGCUGCAGGGAGCACUAUAUCCCACCAGCAUGCGGAUCAACGCUGAGGGCCGGCUUGUCGUCAACUUCCGCACCGAAGCGCGGUUCCGGGGACUGUUUGUCAUGUUACACCCUGCCUCUGCUCUGAGAUCCAUGGUGAUGUGUGCUGACCAUCCAGGCCUCACCUUUACACUGAGUUUAGUUCGCAGUGAACCCAGCUACAACCAUCCUGAACAGCAGUGGAGCUUCACGUCAGACUUUGCAGUCCGUGAUUAUUCGGGUACGUACACCGUGAAACUGAUUCCAUGCGCAUCGUCCCCAAGUCAAGACUACACUCUCCCCAUAGUCUGCAAUCCGAGGGAGCCCAUAAUCUUUGAUCUGGACAUCAGGUUUCAGCAGGUCAGUGACCCAGUGCCGGCCGAGUUCAGCCUCAACACACAGAUGUUCCUCCUGAACAAGAAGAGUCUCUGGCUGUCUGACGGCUCCAUGGGCUUUGGAGAAGGCAGUGAUGUGGCGUUCACUGAAGGAUCGGUUGUGUACGGGCGUGUAAUGGUGGAUCCCGUCCAGAACCUGGGGGACUCGUUCUUUUGCAACAUAGAGAAGGUGUUCCUGUGCACCGGUGCGGACGGAUACGUUCCCAAGUACAACCCGUUAAACGCUGAGUACGGCUGUGUGGCGGACUCCCCCUCCCUCUUGUACAGGUUCAAAAUCCUGGAUAAAGCCCAGCCUGAAACCCAGGACGUGUACUUUGGUAACCUGGCCUUCAACGCUCGGCUGGCAAUCGAUGAUUAUGAAGCCCUCGGACUCGCCACCCAGCCCGGCUCUGACGGCUUCCAUGUGGAUUCCUCUCCGCUCUUCCAGGUGACGUCUGGUCGGGAGUGGUACAUCCACACUAUAUACACGGUGCGGUCGGGAGAGAGUGCCGGCAGGGGGAUUGGGAAGAGGAGCCUGGAAUACCAUGCAGUGUCCGGCUGGGAUUCGGCCAGCCCGGGUUCACGGCGGCGCCGGUCGGCGGAGGAUUCCCCGCAGCUGGCCGAGAACAUCGGAGUGGACAACCGCAGAGGCACCAACAUCCAGCACGUGGCGCUGCAGGGCGACGGCACGCAGCGGCCGCUGGAGGAGGACAGGAGGUUGGCGCAAGGUGCCGUGGCCAAGUCUCCCGGCACUGGGGCGGGGACGGGCGUCGGUGUCCCGGUGGCGGGUGGGGUGGCCGCCCUCCUGCUGGCCAUCUGCGCCGCCAUUGUCAUCGUCCUGCUGGUGAGACGAAGGAGGUCCUGGGUCAAGAAAGCGGACUGCAGCAACCCGCCUAGCGGGAAGGUCGGCGCUGCCCACAGUUUGCAGCACCAGGACAGCUCCGAAGUUUGACCCACUAGAACUCAGCCCAGCCCAGAGAGCCUCGGAGCAAGCCAACCGUGCCUUACCGCAAAAGACCACUGCCUUAUUUAUCCAGUUCACAUGGACGAACCACUCCACUUGUUGAAACUUCAAUGUUUGGCCUCAGGAACGCAAGCGUGAUCGUUCAUCAACGUCUGGUGGUGGAUCUCAUGGUAUCGUCUGUGGUGCUCAGAGUUCAUCAAGUGACCCAAAACGCACUGUGCAAACCAGGAGCAAAGCCCGCAAACAGGGGAAACGGCAUGGGGAGCUCUCGGUUUCUAAAAGAAGAAUCAUUUGUUUUCCCAGAAAAAGACCACAAAUUGCCGGAGUAACUCAGCGGGUCAGGCAGCAUCUGUGGAGAAUGUGGAUAGGUGACGUUGCAGGUCGGGGCCCUUCUUCAGAGUGGUUGUGGUGUGGUGGGUGGGGGGAAAG